GGGGACAGCCACAGCCCAGACCCAUCCGUUCAAGAGCCGAUCGAUUCGGAUUGACAGCAAAUUCCUGCAUGAUCUGGGAGUUCAUCCCAUCUUGCUCCGAUUUCAUUCUCCUGCACAGUCCUGUCCGCAUACAAAAUCCCUGAUACCCCUGGUACUCGAUUUUUUGCCCUUACAACUCACCUCAGAGCAUUCCAUUCCUCCGACACUCAUCUUUUAGCUUUUUUUCUCUCGCAAUGCCCAUCCGCAACCCGUUCGCGCGCCGGCCCGGCCCCGCCAUUCAAGAUGAGAACCAACGCCCGGGCUCCGCCGCUUCGGGAACCAUCACCGACGCCGCGCACCUCGGGUUUGAGAGGGUGGAUACCGUCGGGUCGAAGGCAUCGUCGGCGUUCAGCAUUCGCAGCAGCAGAAGGAGCCAGGACACGGGCGAGUACAAAAUGAGCGUCGUCAAUGACAGCGGAGUCUACCUACCAGUACGGCUACCCCCUGACCCCUGUCCAACGGCCAAUAUCGAAGCAUUCAAAGACAAUUAUCCUCUGACACAACACUACCAGCCAUCCCCCGUCGAAAGGGAAGCCUCCUGGCCACGGCGCUACCUGUCUCGCGCGUCGAGCGACCGGAGCAGCAGCGGCGAGAUUGAACACUUUUCCAUCUCGCGCGAAUCGUUUGACUCGUACCGGCGGUCAUUUGACAUCAGCGCCAAGAGCCCCGUCGUCAUCACAGACCCGUCGCCGACCCGUCAAAGCCUCGACUCUCACCGGUUUCCCUUUUCAUCGCCGCGGUACGCCCCGCCUUCGUCGAGGUCGUCGCUGGGUGAUCAGCUCCGACCGCAGUCGCAGUCCACUACACACCGACGGUGGGAUUGGCGGGGUGGGCACCGGGAGCCGCCCACGCCGGAGGAGAGUUGGAAGGGGGGAUCACAGGAGGAGGUAGAAGAGGAGGAGGGCAGGUUUGAAAACGUCGGGCUGGGCGAUGACGGCGUGAAGCAGCAGCAGCAACAGCACCAAACGCAGGACCAAGAGGAGGUGCCGGCGCCAGCGCCCAAGAAGAGGGGUUUCUUUGCCAAGUUUGGGUCGGAUAGCAACAACAGUGCUGGAAACGUGAAUGCGCCGACGGAGGAGGAGGGGACGGCCGUGUCAAGGUUCCUGCCUUUGCCUUUGGUUGGGAGAAAAGGUGCGCAGGGCGGUGGGCUCCAGCAGCAGCAGCAACAAGGCGCCGAAUUGAAGGUCAUGCCUGUUUCAGCGAUGGGCAGGCAGCUGCAGGAGGUCGAGGUUUGAGCAUCGAGGGUUUUAUCCAUGGUUCGUUUGGUUCGAUAUAGUUUCAGAAGGCAGAUCAGCCGGGGCCAGGCGUUGCGAGGCAGUCAGGCACAUAUAUCGCCUAAGGGAGCAGUAGGUCUUUGGGUAUGAUCACGGGUGGUUAAUUCUGCUGCAGGCGGACGUGCGAGGCAGUUGGCGUUAUGGCUGGUCCUCGGGGAAACUCGAUAACUCGAUAUGGCGCACACGACUACUAAUGGGUUUGGAAGUGAUAGUUAAAUACAGAUAUCGGCGACGUUGCCGCUGCCAGGCAGGGACAUGGGCAAACUCAAUCAGUGGUCAAGAGAAAGCAGAGGCGCCAGGUCGU